CGUCACGAGGCUAUUUUUUUGGGGCAAUUGCCCCAAAUAAUUUUAGAUGGGUGGGUGGGUAAUUUUGUUAGAUCAUAACAAUAUUUUUUAAUUUAACUAUCAUUAUUGAAUAAGUAUACAGAACUACAGAAGUCUAGGAUUCUUCAGAGUAUAUUCGUAUGUCGUAUCUAUUUAGCGUGUAGACGGUGUAUUUAGUUUAUCACGAUACAAUUAUUAUACGAUAUUUUUAGAAAUAGAUGGAUAAUACGUUAUUUUAAUUUACGUUAUCUUAAUAUAACUACAUAAUACAAUAUAUUCGUCAUAUAUAUGUAUGUGUAUGUAUAUAUAUAUAUGAUAAGCUGACGAGUGACAAUGCAUUAAUAUCAAGCUAUUUUAAGAUGUUAGUGUUGUAAGUGAUAGGUAGUAUUAUAUUAUUAUGUGGGCUAGGAGCUACAACUGUUCUAAAAUCAAACAUAUUUUAUUUCUAUCUUCAAUGUACAAAUUUAUAACCACAUUUCAGUGUGGUGUGUAUCUUUUAUUGUUUAUCCGUUUUUUUCAUUCACAGACCACAGUACUGUUCUGUACUGUAACGUCUGUAACUUGUGGUGUUCAUACUUUCAUAGUGCAGUAUUUUUUUAACUUUUUGUAAUUUACGUAUUCAAAAUGUCGGAAAAAUUAAUUUGCAUUUGUGGUAAAAAACGGGAGCAGUUAAAUUCUACCAAUUGGAAAAGACACUUAGACAAUUGCAAGGUACGAAAAACUAAAAUGAGUUCAAGACCAAUUUCUUCCUUUUUUCCCACACCAAAAAAAAUUCGAAUGGAUACAGGAACAAGUCAUUCUUGUUCAGAUGGUAUUACAACUGAUAAUAUGAUUGAUGGCAGUACCACUAAAGAAUUAAUAGACAAUUGUAUGGUCACAGCUGAACAAAGUGUUUUGAAUGAAGAUAUGCUAUUUAAACCAAUUUCAUGUAUUACAACUGAUAAUAUGAUUGAUGGCAGUACCACUAAAGAAUUAAUAGACAAUUGUAUGGUCACAGCUGAACAAAGUGUUUUGAAUGAAGAUAUGCCAUUUAAACCAAUUUCAUGUAUUACAACUGAUAAUAUGAUUGAUGGCAGUACCACUAAAGAAUUAAUAGACAAUUGUAUGGUCACAGCUGAACAAAGUGUUUUGAAUGAAGAUAUGCCAUUUAAACCAAUUUCAUAUGAUUUGUUGCAAGAUAGUUCUACUCUUAGUCAAUGUAAUGUACAUCCAAUUUCUGCUUCAAAAUAUACAUUUCCCAACGAUCCAGCUAUUAUUCUAGAAACAAAUGUUUCUAGUAAUUUGUUGCAAUAUUUUUUUGAACUUGGACCAUGUCAACCAGGAGUACUAGAUAUGCCCAGUUAUCAAUUUCCAAUAACAAAUGGUCGUUCGUUCCACGAAGAAUACUAUUUUAAAAAACUUCCUGAUGGAAAAAAUAUUAGACGUCAAUGGCUAGCAUAUUCACAAUUCAAUGAUAAAAUAUACUGUUUUUCUUGUAUGCUUUUUGGUUUAGUAAAAGCCAAACAAAAUAAAUUAGUUUCAACUGGCACUCGAGAUUGGAAACAUAUUACUUCAAGAAUGUUGAACCAUGAAUCUUCAAAAGAACAUUUAGAGUCUGAAAUCAGUCGAAGUCAGUAUUCGAAUAAUAAUCGUUUGGAUGUCAGCUUCAGAUUAACAACAAAUAACCAAAUUGCAGAAAACAGAGAAAUAGUUAGAGUUAUAUUUGAAAUUCUAUUGUAUCUAGGAAAACAAAACAUAGCAUUUCGUGGGCAUGAUGAAAGCUUAACAUCAAAGAAUCGGGGUAACUUCUUGUCACUUAUUAAGGUUUUAUCAAAAUACCAUGCACCUUUGGCUAUUCACUUAAACAAAAUUGAAAAAUCAUCAAAACAAAAUAGAAUAACAUUUCUUUCUGGUCAAACGCAAAAUGUUAUGCUUCAAAUAAUGAGUAAUUCUAUAAGAUCAGUCAUAUUAAAAAAAGUCAAGGAUGCUAGAAUGUUUGCAGUUAUUAUAGAUACAACAACUGAUAUUUCCAAAAUGGAACAAUUUACAUUUGUUGUAAGGUUUGUGAACGAUGAAGGAAUUGUAGAAGAAAGGCUUAUCGCACUAGAAGUAGCAACGGAUGCAACAGGUCAUGGUAUGUUUCAACUAUUUUGUAAGAUUUGUGAAAAACAUGGAUUAGAUUGGAAAAAUAAUUUAUAUGCCCAAGCAUAUGAUGGAGCUGCAUCGAUGCAAGGGCAAUAUUCUGGGUUAAGAACACUUAUACAACAACAAUGUCCCCGUGCUAAAUAUAUUUGGUGUUGCGCUCAUGUUAUAAAUUUGGUAAUAGUAGAUAUGUGUGAUUCAUGUUUGGAUACGCGCAAUUUUUUUGGGGAAAUUCAAGCAUUGGUUGAGUAUUUUGGAGCAAGAAAACGCACAGCUUGUUUUAUUAAUCAUCAAAAACUGCUAUAUCCUGGUCAAGUAUGCCGAAGAUUGAAAUUUCUAUCUUCUACACGUUGGACUUCACACGAUAGAGCUAUAGACGUCAUUUAUGAAAAAUAUACUGCUAUUGUUGAAAGUUUGGAGGAGUUAACAUUAUCAACUGACCGUUCUACUUCAUCUCAAGCUAUUAGCCAACUUAAAAAUGUAACUUCCUACAAAUUCAUUUUAAUGAUGAAAUUUAUGAAAAAUAUAUUUAAAAUAACAACUCCAGUUUCAGUAUACAUGCAGUCUCCUAAAUUAGAUUUCAUUGAAGCAAUGCAUUUAGUCGAUUCAGCUCAAAAACGAAUUGAGCAAUUAAGAAACGAUUGCAAAUACAAUGAAUUAAUUGACGAAGUUAAACAGUUUGCAAUACAUGAAAAGCUUGAGGAAGAAGAUUUCCAGGUUGUCAGAAUUCGAAGAAAAAAAAGAAUGGAUGGAGAAAAUUUGCAUGACGAAAUUAGCGAAGUUGCCAACACACCAUCUUCAUUAUUUAAAUCUCAAGUUUACUUUUUUGUAUUAGACACAGUUAGUACUGUUUUGAACUCCAGAUACUCUCAAGCACGAGAAGUAUUAAAGGAUUUUAGUCUUUUAUCUGUAGAAAGAAUUAAACUAUUUAGUUCACAACAGGAUUUUCCUCGGGAUAGUUUUGAUGCUUUAAAAUGUUGGAUUUCAGAAUUAAAUAUAGAAUCCCUUCGAACCGAAUAUUCAGCAUUCUGUAAUGCUUAUUCUUCAUUAACAGCUGGUUUAAAUCUUGGAGAUACAUUACAUGAUACCCAAAAUUCUGACGAUGACUGGUCUGAUAAUGAAAAUCAUGAUGAAGAAGAACCUACUACUUCAAAAAGCAACAAAGAAAAUGCAGCGUCUAUGUUACAACUGUUGGCAAAAUUUAAUCUAUCUUCAGCCUUUCCAAAUUUAUACUUGGCUUAUAAAGCAUUAUAUACAAUUCCUGUAACAUCUGCUGCUGCAGAACGCUCAUUUUCCAAAGUUAAGAUUAUUAAGUCUCGGUUAAGAUCCACAAUGACCCAAUCAAGAUUAGAAAGUCUUCUUUUACUAAACUGUGAAACUGAUAUAAACAUAGAUUUAAAUCAAGCUAUAAAUGAAUUAGCUACAUCAUCAACCUUAAUGAAAAAACUAUUAUUAUAUUCAUAAACUCAUUGGUCAUAAAUAUUAUAUUUUGAUAUAUUAUAAUUGUAGAUUUAUUUUUUUAUUUUACUUGUUACUUUUAAAUGUAUUAAAAUAAUAAAAUUUACUAAACUGCUAAUGGUAAAUUAGUAUGGACUCAUAAUAGAAAAGGUACGGUAAUAAACUAUUAAAUUUAUAUUAAUUUAUUUUGUAAAAUGAUAACAAUAUUGAAUAUUAUUAUGUAUUGUUUUUAAUAUUUAAUGUAUGGGUAUAUUAUCAGUUUUUU